AUGCUUGUCAAGGCUUUCCAAGAAGAUUAUCGACUCAAUUUCAAAAACCAUCAAGUCGAUGGCCCUUCUUCUCCUCGUGAUUACUUGGAAUGGAAUGCUAGAAUACGCAAGUGGCGCCUUGAGCAGCAAGCAAAGAAGAAUGAGUAUGGUCAAUCCACUACUGGUCAUGAUGUUCCUAGUCUUCAAUGGGCUCAAAAGAGCUAUGCUCAACACAAUGUUAUGCUCCAUGACUUGUUUCUUUUUGACCCUGUCACUAAUACAUAUACCACUGAUAAGCUUUUGAAAGAUAUCGAAGAACGUUAUGGUGUCGUUGACUCUGUUGUUAUUUGGCCUUCUUUUCCAAAUCUCGGCUGCGAUAGUCGUAAUGAGGAGGAUUACUUUAGAUGUCUUCCUGGCGGUACAGCAGCCAUCAAGGCCUUAGUGGCUGACCUUCACCAUAAAAAUAUCAAGGUGAUCUUUCCUGUUCUCGGCUGGGAUAACGGAACUCGUGACCCACAAGCCCCUUGGAGUUACAUUUUACCAAGAUUGUUUAAGGAAUUUAAUGUUGAUGGUAUGGCUGGUCAUCCUCUGGUUUACGUUUCUCAAGCAAGUAGCAAACAUAGUUUGAAUCAGGCUUCUGAAGCAGAUGAUACUUUUACUCUGCAAUGGAACACAAUGGACACAGCUAAAUAUGACACAAGCUCACGCAUCCCUACUGUUUCAUCUCGAAAAUUGAUAGAGUCUAGACAUAUGACCCAUGCAUCGGAUAAAUGGUGCAGAAACAAAACUUCCUUGAUCCAACAUGCGUUCUUUAAUGGUAUUGGCAUUGAAGUCUGGGAAAACAUCUUUGGCAUCUGGAACCAACUUACUCCUCGUGAUGCAGAAGCAAUCCGUCGUACAACCAGCAUCCUUCGUUGCUUUGGACCUGACUUUUUCACAUCUCCCGAAUGGGAACCUCACUGUCCAUGUGUUCGAUGGGAAACUGUAUUUUCGAGCAAGUUCCCUAGUCGUAAUGUCUCUGAUCAAUGCGUCUGGACCUUUGUCAACCGCGGGCCUGUUGUUGUCACCGGCCACCAGAUGACUGUCAACUACCACAUUGGUCUUCAGUUCUAUGAUGUCUGGCGUGGUAUAGAAAUCACACCUACGAAUAUUGUUGAUGGCCUUGCUACUCUUAGCUUCGAUAUCGAACCCUAUGGCUAUGGCUGUAUCUUUGCUACCUCAGACGUCUCAGCAUUACCUUCUGGAUUUGAAAUACUCAUGGAGACCAUGAGAAAACGUUCAAAGAUACCCUUGACAAGCAUUCCUAUCUCUAGCACUAUCCUCUGGCAAGAACUUGAUCAAGUGACUGUGAGUAAACUUGCACCCGAAGGCACCUGUGGUAUGGUUCGUAUCGAAGGUUGUGACAACUACGUCUUUACCGUCAAGGGCUUAGAGUCUCGUCCUGACUGUGCCUGUGAGUAUCCAGGCAUGGAUAUCAAAUACCCUUGGGAGUUCCAACCUUCGAAAAUCCAUGCUCCUUACCGCAUGAAGAUCAAAACAUUCUAUAUGGACGCAUACCCUGUGACCGAGGCUCAAUUCAAAGAAUUUUUGGAUGCCACAGGCUAUAAGCCUCAAGACCCUACCAACUUCUUGAAGCACUGGAUUUGCGGCUGUUACCCUGCUUCUCGUGCAAAUAAGCCUGUGGUCCAUGUGUCGAUUGAAGAUGCAAGAGCUUAUGCUAAAUGGGCAGGAAAACGUCUUCCUCAUGAAUGGGAAUGGCAGUACGUGGCUCAAGCCGGUACAGAAUACAAGACUUAUCCUUGGGGCAACGAAUGGGAUGCAUCUAAAGUUCCUGAAGUCUAUAGUGGACGUGAAAGACUCUACCCGGAUCAUCCUCCUGCUGAUGUCGAUGCUUUCCCUAACGGUCGUUCAUGUUUCGGCGUCUAUGAUCUUACAGGCAAUGUCUGGCAAUGGACCGACGUUUACCAAGACCAACAUACACGUGCAGCCUAUCGUAACGAUGAGCAUGGUAAAUAUAUCCUGAUGUCACCCUCCGUUGAUCGAUGUGCCACCAUCGGUUUCCGUUGUGUUAAGGAUACGGAAGAAAGUGCUGCAGCCUUGGGCAAUUGCUUAUUUGAUGAAUGUUAA